AUGAUGACCAUGAACGGAAAGCAGCAUUUCUCCAUGCACCCGGCCCUGCACGAGGCCAAGUAUCCCGGCCUGCACUCAGGCUCGGAGGGCAUGCGCAGAGUCUGUAUGCCCGCCCCGCAGCUGCAGGGCAAUAUAUUUGGAGGCUUUGAUGAGAGCCUGCUGGCACGGGCAGAGGCUCUGGCGGCUGCUGACAGCAUUGUCUCUCACGGCAAGAGUCACCCGUUCAAACCAGACGUGACUUACCAUACCAUGAGCAGUGUCCCCUGCACCUCAGCCUCCUCUUCUUCCUCCACCACCGUGCCCAUCUCCCACGUCCCCUCCACCAUCGCCUCCCACCACCACCACCAUCACCACCACCUCGGACAGACCCUGGAGGCCGGGGACCUCCUGGACCACCUCUCCACCAGCCUGGCCGUGACCGGGAUGGGUGCUCCGGACCCUCCCGGGAUGACCGCGUCGGCGCACCACCACCAGCACCCUCACCACCACCUGCAGACCAUGGGGCAGCUGCACCAGGCGAUGGCCAACAUGGCCCACCCUCACUCCCUGUCAGUGCACGGCGGGAUGGCGUGUAUCAACGACGUGGAGUCGGAUCCCAGGGAGCUGGAAGCUUUCGCCGAGCGGUUCAAGCAGAGGAGGAUCAAACUCGGUGUGACCCAGGCAGACGUAGGGUCGGCGCUGGCCAACCUUAAGAUCCCCGGAGUUGGGUCUUUGAGCCAGAGCACCAUCUGCAGGUUCGAGUCCCUCACUUUGUCACACAACAACAUGAUCGCACUCAAGCCGGUCCUCCAGGCCUGGCUGGAGGAAGCAGAGGCUGCUUACCGGGAGAAAAGCAACAAGCCGGACCUUUUCAACGGGAACGAGAGGAAAAGAAAGCGCACCUCUAUCGCAGCGCCGGAGAAGCGCUCUUUGGAGGCUUACUUUGCCAUCCAGCCUCGGCCCUCCUCGGAAAAAAUUGCGGCUAUUGCUGAGAAACUGGACCUGAAAAAGAAUGUGGUUCGAGUGUGGUUUUGCAACCAGCGGCAGAAACAGAAACGAAUGAAAUACUCUGCGGUGCACUGAGUUUCACACAUCAUGAAUAAAAUAGCCUACUACAUUUUUGAUCGAGUGAUUAAUAAUAGCCUAACUAACAGGGAUUUAUCAACAGCUCCUCACGUCUCAUCUGGGAUUAUUUCCACAAAAAAAAAGACUUCCAUUUUUCUUUUGGUGUCACCCACUCUUCGUCGUUGCACUUUUGUUCGAUUUUGUUAUUAAUAUGGGACUAAGAUCUGUGAGGAGGGUGAUGUUGAUGUUGUUGAACAUGUAUCUUGCACACACUGAAUAUGAACUUUCAGCAAAUCCACCCUGACAAUUUGUCACAUUCAGGGAUUAUUAACUUUUGUAAACCAUGGAAUGGAAUAUAGUCAUUUUACAUGUAUGGGUUGUUAAACUAUCAGCAGUGUUAAAGGGAAAAAAGAGAACGAUAUCUUUUAUUUCUUGAAAGAAUCAUGGAUUUUUUUUGUUGUAAUGUUAGUUGAGUUUAUCCUCAACAUCACGGGCUCACAAGUGCAAUAGAACACCAUCAUAUCUAUGUGUCAUCAUAUCAUAUAUAACUGUGUUCUCAACUAUUUUUAUUUUAUCUACGAUAUAGAUGAGUUCAAUUAUCAAGGUUUUCAAAAAUGCACCUUUUUAACACCACGAAUCUACUCUCUUUGUGAACUGUUGGAUUGUCAUUUGCCCACAAAUAUCAAUAGUUACAGUAAUGUUAUUUCACACACUGUUUAUCUUGUAUUAUUUAGACAUUGAAAUGACACUGUCAUAUACGAGGCACCUCCGUGUGGCUUUGGCUGCUGCUAUAUUUUAGUAUUUUGAUGUGAACAUGUUUUUGAAUAUUACAGGUGAGCUAUAUGUUAUUUAUGUAGCAAAUAUAUAUACAGUAUCAUCUUUUAAGUAUUUACU